GAAUGAUUACAUCUCAGGUGUUAUUGAUUAUUUCUUUGCUUCUUGGACGGUUUGAAAGAGAAUAAUAAUUGAGUUACUCUCUCAACCUCAGAGACAAGUUCGUCAUUUAGGUUUGUUGCUUAAAAAAAAAAAAAGAUUACUUCUAGUUCAAAGUGUAAAACUUAACUUAGUACCUAACAAAGUAUCUCAUGAUCUUUUUCCCGAACCGAAGGACAUUUGUUUCCUGUGAAGAACGAGGUUUAUUUUGAAAGGACUGUGUGCAUACGAGUGGAGAACAACGCGGUUUGAUCGACUUAAAGCAGGAAAAUGAUGAUUCUGUCCGAUAUCAGACUUCCUGUUCGAUCCGCUGCUCGUUGUUCUUCAUUGAAUUUUUCAAAGUCUUUUUAUUCACAUUAUUUAUUUAAACUACCUGCUCUGCUCUUGUUUGUAAUGUUUUCGUUUUUCCAAGACUGCACUUGAAUGCACCUGGAAGGACGAUAACGUUCAUUCCACCCAAGAGACGCUGACGUCCCCUCGACGUGUUAAUGGUCUGAAGCGUAAUCACACACGCGCUUCUUCCUCUCGUUCCCAGAUGAGACCUUCUCUUCGUCUCGCUGCUUCAAAGCUCACCCUCCUCUCCCUCGCCGUCCUCUGCCUCCUCCCUCCGACCGCCACGUCCUACCCGCGCUCGCCCGCCGCCCUGCUGCACCUGCAGGUGGCGCUGGAGGACGAGUGGCUCGUCCGGCCCGAUGGGGGGGCCGAAUGGCCUCUGGACCCCCUGCUGGCCCUCCUCAGCCCUGGGGAAGAGGAGGAGGAGGAGGAGGAGGAGGAAGAGGCCGUGCUGAGGGCCCGGAGAGGAGACCUGGUGGGCCGGCUGUCCCCCUUCCCCGCGGGCCUCUCCCUGGGGGGCGUGAGCUAUCAGGAGGGGGGCGAGGACGGGGGCAAGAGGAACGAGGCUCUGACCUCCAUCGCCGGAGGCCUUCAGGCCGUCGGCCGGGAGAAAGGAGGGAUCGCCUUCCGCUUCGGGAGGAAAAGAUGGACCAACAGGGGGUGGAUGGGUUAAGGGGGAGGGAGACCCG